AUGUCGGCAGAAAGUAAAACAUCAUUCAAGACAGAAUAUGCGGUUCAAAUAACAUGUAAAGACUGUGUUGAUGCAGUAAAGAACGUGUUAUCUGAAGUUCCUGGAGUUGAUCAUUUCGAUAUUAAUCUCGAGGAACAACGCGUGAUUGUAGAAGGAACUGCACCUCCUUCCAAAAUAUCAAAACUUUUAAAAAACUCUGGAAGAAAAGUCAUUGUUCGUGGGCAAGGUACUAUCAAAGGAUCACAUUCUGGAGCAGCUGUAUGCAUAUUUGAGCCUUAUACUUUUGAUAAUAGUUUAAUACAACAACCACAAAAACAAUAUGACCCUAAAGGACUCGCUCGUUUUGUACAAAUAGACGGUGAGACAUGUCUCAUCGACAUCACAAUCGAAGACUUUCCACAAGGCAAUCAUGGUAUUCACGUUCACGAACUAGGAAACAUUUCUCAAGGCGCACAAAGCACCGGCAGUCACUAUAAUCCAGACAACAAGGAGCACGGUGAUGCGACGACAGGCCACGUGGGCGAUUUGGGAAAUAUUGAAAUUGAUGAACGCGGAUACGGCGAUUUGGUUAUUGAAAGUAAUCGUCUCAAAGUCUGGGAUUUGAUUGGGCGAUCGUUGGUUAUUAGUUUAAAUGAGGACGAUUUAGGCAGAGGUGAUAAUUUUCAGAGUAAGAUCGAUGGUAAUUCGGGUCCAGGACUGAUUGCGGGGAUUAUCGCUCGUAGUGCUGGUGCUUUUGAGAAUAAGAAGAAGAUUUGUACUUGCUCAGGAGAGACUCUUUGGGAAGAAGCUAGAUUUUAG